UUUAGCUUUUUUCUUACAUCAUUUGUAUUUUUUCCUAUGAUAAUUUUACUUGCCUUUCAAUCAUGAACCUCUGUUCUGUAUAUUUUGCUAAGGAGGGGGGAAAAGACAGAUUUUUUUUUCUGAUGUUGCAUUUUAUGACUUUGCCUUUAUCUUGUUCCUUUAGUGCAACACUGUCCAUCAUGGCUGUCAAACACAGAGUCAUGCUCCUGGUGGCAGUUUGUCUCUACCUGCCAGGUCUAAGCCAUGGCUUUCAACCAUCCUUCUCUGUUGAUGAAACUCAUCGUGACAUCACCAGAAAGGCAGUUCUCAGAAAGACAGCUGAGGUCUGCCGAGACCUUGCCGCCGCUGAUGGAAGAGACUUCAACUUGAAAAUUGAUGACAACUUGUCAGUUCAGGAGGUGCAAAAGGCCUGUUUCUCCUCAUCUACCUCCACCGCUCCGCUCUCUACUGACAUUUUCCAAACUGCCCUUAAUGAGAUCUACGGUAGCAAUGAAAAAGUGUAUUUCUCAUUGGUCGAUAUCCCUGAGUUCCAUUUUCACAGUGAGACCUUCCUGGGAGGACGGGACAUCAUCACAACAGGUAUGUCUGUUGUGAAGGCUAGUGUGAAGUCGGAGAAUUUUGUUGCUGCAAGAGAGGUUCUUGGACAAAUUUGUCACAUAAUUCAGGACUUUUACAGCCACAGUAACUGGGUGGAGUUGGGGAAAACCACUCCUUACUCCGCUCUGAUCAGACCAGAUCAACCACUGCAGAACCUAGCAGGACCAUUUACACCAACUUGUAAGAGCUGUACAGGAGACGCCUGUGCUGAUAACAUUUUGCCUGAAGUGCUGAAACAGGGGCUCCUGACCUCAGGCUACUUUAGCACAUUCUCUUCUUCAAAGCCUACUGGUAAAUGCAGCCAUGGUGGUCCACUUGACAAGACAAGAAAAAGGGACCCAGUUGGGGGCAUCAAUAAGGAUUCUUUUACAUCAGAUCAUGGCACGUUGCACAGAAAAGCAGCUAAUCUGGCAGUGGAUGCUACUAUGGAGCUGCUGGAGGACAUCAGACUAGCUGCUGGAGACAGGAACUUCCUGCGAUUGAUGGGCCUCUCCAGUCCUAUGCGUUGUGUUUUGUCAUUGACACCACAGGCAGUAUGGGUGAUGACAUUGAUGCAGCAAAGCAAGUUGCCUUUAACAUAAUUGACAGUAAUGCAGGAACGCUACAGGAACCCUCUCAGUACAUACUGGUACCUUUCAAUGAUCCAGAUUUUGGACCCGUGAUAAAGACAACUGACAAAAACUACUUCAAAGAGGAAAUCAACAAGCUCACUGCAUCCGGAGGAGGGGAUGAACCAGAGCUGAGCAUGUCUGGACUGCAACUUGCGCUGACAUCAGCUCCACCUUCCUCUAAAAUCUAUGUCUUCACUGAUGCUUCAGCCAAAGAUUCCCAUCUAAAAAGCACCAACAUUGCCCUUAUAGAGAGAACCAAGACUGAGGUAUCUUUCCUGUUGACAAACAUUUUUUUUCAGUCGGUGG